CUGUGACUGGCACUGGCUUCCCAGACAGUGAUGGGUGGGAGGCUGGCAUUGCCAUUAUGACUCUGGGUGGCAAGAAGUGUGUGGUUAUCUCUGGUGGACCCACAAAGGUCACCUGCACAGUGCCUGCUGGUGUCAAGAGGAACAAACUUUGGCACUUCAGGAUCAGUUCAUAUCGGAUCAGAGCUGUGUUAUACGACUCAUUGGAGUAACAUCAGCGUGAGCUGUCUUACCCCGGCACUGUCAGCUGGCACUCAUACCCUGGUACUCUCCGCUGAUGGCUUUGGUGCUGCUGCCAGGGAAAUGGAGUACGUACUGCAGGUGACCUCGGCCUCAGCUACCCAGGGGUCAGUGAAGGGUGGCACGCUGGUCAGGCUGGGCGGCACAGGCUUCAGCUCGGAUUGUUCCCGCCUCAAGGUGAAGCUGGGCCAGGUGUAUGAGUGUGAGGUGCUGCAGUGCUCCGAUGAGGCCCUCACCUGCAUCACCAGGCCCAUCACCACCAACCACAGGAUUGUGAAUGUUGGCACCAGCUCUGAGACUGUAUCAUGGUAUCCUCGUGUGCUGGAGGUAGUGGAGGGAGACUCAGUAACCUGGCAGUGGAGUAAGGUGUCUGAGAACUCACAGCUGCAGUACGGAGUGUGUGAGGUGGCCAGCCCUGUGGAUAAGUGUGAGGACGCUGAUGGUUCUGGCUUCUUCUCAGGGACACAGACUGCUGCAGGCUCCUUCACAGUGGCCUUCCCCCAGCAAGGCAUCCACUAUUAUGCUGGCCCCACACUGCCUGGUGGUGUGGUGAUGCAGGGCCAAGUCAACGUGGUACGGCCACCUCAUCAGGCCCUCAGGAUGGCCGUACUGCUGGGUGACAAGGAAGCCACCUACCAGGUUGCCGGGAGUCAGGUCGUCAACAUGAGUGGCUGUGACCCCAUCCUGGAGAUGCCUCUGGACAGGUGUGACCUCCCCGACCUGACCACACCAGAAAAUGGAUACCUGUACUUUCAUUUCCACACCUGUCACACACCUGUGGUCUCUGCCCUGGCCUCCUCCACCACCCACACUGUGAAGGGCCUGAGCGGCCUGCAGGUGGUGGGCGGCGACUCUCUCACCAUCACUGGAUCAGGCUUUGGUGACCUGGCCUGCCAGGUAGAGGUCAGUGUUGGUGAAGCAUCCUGUAGUGUGACCUCUGCUUCAGACACCUCUGUGACCUGCGAUCUGGACAACCUGGACAACCUGAGGUCGGGUGCAUACCUGCCCAUCACUGUCAAGGCAAUCAACAGGGGCAUGGCAGUGACAGACAUCGCAGGGUACAGUAGUGAGGGCCAUGUGGUGAUGGUGCCGCAGGUGUCCUCCCUCAGUCCCCUGGAAGGCUCCCUGGGUGGCAGCACCCUGCUCACCAUCAGUGGAAGUGGUCUGCAGGGUCUGGUUGCCUCUCCUGUGGUGCUGGUGGGGGGCCAGACCUGCCUCACUCCACCCUCCACCUCUGCCACCGUGGCCACCUUCACUCUGACUGUGGCCGGUGUGCCGGCCAAGAUGGACACCCUUACCUUCACCUACAGUGAGGCACUCACCCCUGUGAUCACCAGCAUGGCAGUGCAGGGCAAGGAAGUGACAUUGUCUGGCCACAACUUUGGCAGUGACAACACCAAGGUCACCAUCACUGGUGCAACAGUCGGUCCCCCGUGGCUGCUGAGAGGUGCCUCAGGAGGAGGAGAAGGAAGACUUGAUGGUGGAAGAAAGGGAAGAGUGGUGGUGGUGGUGCUGAAGGAUGAGGUUGAGGACUUCCUGGGUGUGGAGGCGGGUGAUGAGAUGGACCGCCUGGUGGAGACAGUGGCCGAGGAUGAGGAUAACGUGCUCAGUGGUAAGUACCUGAAUGGCCUGGGGCAGAAGGCGAGGCUGUCCCUGGUGGAUGUGCUGGAGGCCCCUCGGGGCUUCUGGGGUAGCUUCACCGGCACCGGGGCAGCCACCUUUGAGGAGACGGUGCAGCUGGGUGCCUGGCGCAUGGCUGGCAUUGGCCCUCUUCCCCACAUACUGGACCACAACCCCCAGGAGAGACACCCACAACAGAGUCACUCAACAGAGGACCAUCCCACCUCCUACUCCUGCACCAUCACCUCUCUCACCCCCACCAAAGUGUCCUGCACAGCAGCCGGCCUGUCCGCAGGCUCCUACAGACCCAUGGUGACCGUGGCUGGGGCUAGGGCAGUUGUGGGCAACAAGGUGUCCUCCACUACCCUGCCCAUGGCCUCUGCCCUAACACCUCAGUCCAGCAGCAUCAACGGAGGUGCGGUGCUGGUGGGGAACAGCUCGGGGUUCAUUCCCGGGUACAUGAUGGUGGUGGUUGGUGGUGCUGAGUGCCCCAUGCUGCAGGAGAGUGCCAACACCAUCUCCUGCCGCCUGCCACCUGGCAUUGAGGGGGAGGCAGCGGUGGUGGUCAGUGUGGCCUGCAGUGAGAAUGUGAUGGCUGCCAAAGCAUUCACCUACACUGCAGCCGUCACCCCCAUGCUUCUCUCUGUCACGCCCUCUACUGAUGUAGUGAGCAGCACCACCCUCACACUGGAUGGCACUGGCUUCACUCUGUCCGGGGGCACCCCUGAGGUCACUGUGGGGGGCAAAAGGUGUGGCCUGGUCUCCCCUGCUUCCCCCACCUCCCUCCAGUGCAUCGUCCCAGCGCUUGGAGGAGGGAAACAUGAGGUGGUUGUGAGGGAUGCAGUGUAUGGAGACUCCAACAACUUGUCCAUCUCCCUCAUCUUCUCUCUCACCUCACUCACUCCCUCCUCAGGUGAGGCGGAUGUGACAUGUGAUGUGGUGGUGAGCAGCCCGAAUGGUUUGUCUGCCAGUCUGCUGGGUGGCUUCACCUACCAACUGGCUCUCACACUCUCCCUCACUGGCCUGGAGCCCCAGCGAGGCGGCACUGCUGGCGGCACCUCCCUCACCCUCACUGGCACUGGCUUUGGGUUGAGCGGCAAUAAGGUGACCAUUGGUGGGUCAGAGUGCAAGGUGACCCAAGAGGGUCCGACCAGCAUCACCUGCAUCACUGAGGCUCACCAAGGGUCGGGUCAAUUCCAGGUCAAGGUCACUGCCCCUGGGAAAGGCUUGGCAGCAGCUCAGAACAAUAGUGGAAUCUUCUCCUACAUCGACCUCUGGAGUUCACCAUUCACUUGGGGCAGCGAACCGCCACCAUCACAGGGGCAGCUGGUGGUGGUGACUCAGGGCAAGACACUGCUGCUGGACCAGUCAACACCAGUGCUGAAGAUGCUGCUGAUCCAGGGCGGCCACGUGGUGUUUGAUGUGGAGACUGUGGAGGAGCUGGUGUUGUGGGCAGAGUAUAUUUUGAUCGUUGGUGGUGGCUCUCUCAGUAUUGGGUCGGAGGAUCAGCCUUUCCCUGGUGAGGCCGUCAUUGAACUGCACAGCAACACACACUCCACCGAGCUGCCCUUGUAUGGUGCCAAGGUAUUGGCGGUGCGUGAUGGGACGCUGGACCUUCAUGGCCGUCACGUCCCCAUCACCUGGACCCACCUGGCACACACGGCCUCCCUUGGAGACACCAACCUCACCCUGUCCCUGCCCGUCACCUUGAGGCAGGGUGACCAGGUUGUUAUUGCCACCACAGAGAAUAGGUUCUACAUGAAGGAGAACGAGGUGAGGACCAUUGCAUCAGUCUCUGAGGAUGGCCUGGAGGUCACACUGACAGAGGCACUGGAGCACACCCACCUCUCCGUCACCCAGACUCUUGGGGGACACACAGUGGAGACACGUGCAGAGGUGGGACUCCUCACCCACAAUGUCAAGAUCCAGGGAAAUGUUGGCACCGACUUCAGUGUGGCUAUUGAGGGCUGUGACACUGCUUUUAGGCCUGACCAGCACGCCACCCAGUCAUGUUUCAAUGGUCGACAUGGAGACGAGAUUGGCGGUGACCAAUUUGGCGCCACCGUGAUACUGUCUGGAAAGUUCCCUGACCUGGACUUGGUGAUGGGACGCAUUGAGUACGUGGAGGUGACCAAGGCUGGUCAGGCAUUCCAACUUGGGCGGUACCCACUCCACUUCCACCUGGCUGGGGACAUGGGUGGUUCGUACAUCCGUGGGUGCUCCAUCCACCACACCUACAACCGCGCAGUGACAAUGCACACAACAAACAACCUGCUGGUGGAGCAUAAUGUGGCGUACAACAACAUGGGUCACGCUAUCUUCACAGAGGAUGGGGUGGAGCAGAACAGUGUGGUGCAGUACAACCUUGCAGUCUACACCAGGACCUCCUCUUCCCUUCUUAAUGUGGAUGUGACACGCUCCUCAUUCUGGGUGGUGAACCCAAACAACAUUUUCCGUCACAAUGCAGCUGCCAGUGGAACACACUUUGGUUACUGGUACAGGCUGGACCACCACCCCUCGGGCCCAUCCACCACCAACAUCUACUGCCAGAACACUGAACAGAUGGGACUCUUCUUCAAUAACACUGCACAUUCCAUGGGAAGGUAUGGUCUGUGGGUGUUCUCCAAUCCAGGAUAUCACCCAAAGUCCGACAUCUGUGGAGGCAGGGACGUGGCAUCUUCAAUUCCCUGGUGGUGUGUCACUCGGCCCUCAACUCCAGUGCCUGCACCUCAGGAACCAGUGGUAUUGUGGCGCCCAAGACCCAGAUCUUUAGUAUCUCCAAUGUCACAUUUGUUAACUUUGAUGAGGGUGGAAGUGCUGCACUGUCUGGCUGUUCUCAGUGCAGGAACUACCAGGGAGGCUACAGGGCACAGGUUAAGGGUCUGGCCUUUGAGAAUUCACCCAACAAGUGAUGAUGGUGAAUUCCCUGUUAAACUAUCACUAGAAAAGCAAUGGUUCUACAGCAUUAUAGUAAAGAAGACCCAUGAAAAUGUGACUAAUCACCUUGAAAAUAAACCUGAUGGCAGAGCAAAGUAUUCAAGAAUACUUUGUUGCUCCUUGACACAGACACCAUUCUGUCUCCCACAUCAGAUCAGGUUUCAGUGGGAACACGAGACAAUCUGGAUAGACGCUGAUGGCUCUCUGAUGGGCGAACCGGAGGCGAAUGUUGUUCCCACAAUGGGCAUCUUACCAACUGAUUCCUGCACUCAAGAAGCAGCAUUCUCUGUCACCAAGAAUGGGUCAAUGGGCCUAAGAGUGUGA